UGCAAUAUGAUUUAAAAGUUAAAUUGACAUAAUACUUAUUCAUAAACAAAGUAAAAAAUGGAAGAAUUUCCUUUGGGAUAUCGAGAAGUUGUGCCUGAUCAAACUGUACCAGAGAAAUGGAACGAAAUCACGUUGAACACGGGCGGAAGCCAAAGUACCUUACAGGACAUAAAAGUUCCAGAGAGAGCAGGAGGCUAUUCAUACAAUGAUGGCUCGAAAUAUUUUACACGGAAUCGAUUUAUUUAUUGGCGUAUUUGUCAUGAUGUACUUGAGUUGGUUGAACAUAGUCUAGAUAUUAAUUUAGCCAACUGUAGAGUAAGAUAUAAGUUUACAGAUACACCCAUUUUGGAUGGCAUUUCCAUACAUGAAACAAUUAAUUCAGUCAUUAUAUUAAUAGCAACCGUUUCUAGUGUUCAUAAGUUAUCAUUUCCUCAUCCUGAAAGAAUUCAUAAAAAUGAACACUCAUUAAGUACAUAUAAAGAUUUAGGUACACAGUCAAUAUUUAGUGAAAUGUCUGCGCAGAAUGUGAAAAGAACUAAGGAAGAUCCACAUAUGUUUCAUGUUAUCACAAAUGCAGGAACUACAAAUUCUCCAGUUCCUCAUGCAGCUGCAUCAUGGCUUAUUCCACCACAAGAAGCACUGUUUGCUCUUGCUUAUAAUUCUGGAACUAUACUUCUCCUGAGGCUAGAUAUAAAAACUGGCCUUGUACAUAGCAGUGAAUUAAAACAAGAUUCAAUAGUGCCAAGAUUUCUUAGUGGUAUUGCAACUGCUUUCAGAGGACGCAAUUCUGAAGCCCAUGUGGCUAUGUCAUUAACAAUACAUAGUUGUGAAAGUGAUACAUAUCUGUUUGCAUUGUGUCGUGAAGGUAAUAUCCGUAUGUGGUCUUGUAACAAAGCUCAAUGUGUGGCCGUGACUGAUACGGCGAUAGAUAAUCGCAUUGCUUCGCAAGGUGCACAAGGUCAUAUAUUAAGAAAAGCAUUGGGUCCUAAUAAUGAAUUAUACUUGGGAACUUUUUUAAAAUUUAGUACUAGAUGUGAAUUUAGUAUUUUAAAACCAAUUCAAGAUAAUGGGAUGUUUAAAUUUGUUAGAUUAUGUACCAAGUUCGCGCAAGAUCAACAUUUAGUUGACUUUUUCUUUACCACUACUCGAUUAUGGGCUGUUUGGAGAACCACUGAUAUGGAUACAGUUGAAGUAACGCAUGCUCAAUUAUCAUUGAGUGGUGGACGCGUUAAUUCUGAAUGGGAAGCUGCGAUUCUAGAACAAACGCCAGACAGAGACUACAUUCUUAGUGAUGCUGAUACUGAUCCAAGACAAGCAUAUAUCAAUUACAUUUUUCACCCUGGUCAGUUCUCUUUGGCAGAUAUAACAAAAGCAUUGAACAUAUACAAAAGAUCUAAUUUUUUGGAAGAUAAAAUUCUUUCUGCUGCGGAAUUGAAAGAACGCGUGUGUAUUGCGGUAGAAGCUGAGAUACAAGCUGAAAUUAUGGAUUACGAACUUAUGGAUGAAGAUUAUUUAGAAAUUGCCAAUCGUUGUUGGUCAAAAUUUUAUUCUUGGGUUAUACAGUAUCAUGCCAAUAGUACAAGGCCAGUGGGAUUGUUGUUACUGCCUAGCGUUUACGGAGUAGUUUUACUUAAAAAGUCGUGCUUCUCGCUUUUGAGACCAAUGGAAGCUUUAGAAUAUUUAAUGUUUUGUAAUGAAAGAUCAUAUACAUCCCGAUUCAAAACAACACCGGUUUUGUCACAAGACGAAGAUAUAUGUCAGGAUCUUAUUACUUUAAUGUCAGCAUUAGUACUAUUAGAAGAACAAUUAUCUGAAGAAACUAAAACAGCGGUAAAGAGAGAGCUGUAUCAUUUAAAAAGUCCAGACACUAUUAUCGAUGAUUUAUUGUCAAAACUGAUGUUAGAGUCGGAAGAACCGAUUAGUAACUUUGUCACACAUCAUCUUAGCUGUCACAAAUUAUCAAAUGUUAGAGAUAUAUCCAGCGCUAUGGCAAUGUUGCUAGAAACAUUAACAUAUGAUCUUGGACAACCAAACAAAGUACAUCUUAAUGAUGAUCAUGAUGCCUCGAUACUAUUACUCAAUAUAAAUCACUUUUUUAGUAGUCACUUAGGCAUCUCGGCAAUAUCGAAAAGUGUAGCACAAAUAACACAAUUGAGAUUUGCAAUCUGCAGAAAUUUAUUAAUUUUACAACAAAUGAUACUACUACGACCUGAAUUGUUUGAUUCACGAUCAUUACAUUCCAUAAAAUCAUCAUUAGCACCUAAGACAGUUGUGUUAAUGCAAGCUUAUUAUGUUGUGACGUGGAUAUGUGAAUCCACAGCAUUACCAAUGCCUGUACAAUCUCUAUUAGAUUCUAGUGUUCAGCGUCUAGCAUUAUUGAAACUUGUUGAUUCGAGAGCAAAUAUAGGAUUCAAGCAACAUCGAUCUUCAUCGUUAUUAGAAUUAUUUAUAGAGAACAGUGGUGCAAAACAUGCUCACAAUUUGAUGGCUCAUACAAAUUUAGAUGCGACCAGUUUAAUUCCAUGGCAUUAUGGGAUGUUAACGCAUAUUACUUUCAUCGCACAGCUCGUAUGGCCGAGAUCAGGAAAUUUUAUCUUCCCCGAAUGGCUAUUGUCUAGUUGUCAGUUCUUGCUGGUUCAAGAGUAUGUGAGGCUUCUGAAUACAUGGUGCGAGUGGAACAGUGCAUCGAGGAAAUUUAUAUUAGCAGUCGCGUUACUUGAAAUGGGAGAAGCGCAUAAAGCUUGCGAUCAUUUCCUUCGAGCUUCUAGAGGAAUUUUGACAGAUGAAUUUUUAGCUGAUGCCUUACUCGAAUCUAGCGUACUAUCCGAAAAUAGUUCGUUAAUUCAGUAUUACUUAAAAGUUAUCAAAUUAUUUGAGGAACAUAAUGCCUCCGACUGUAUCAUAGAGCUCGCUGAAACAGCUAUAUUAAUGGCUGAUAAAGAUGAUCCUAAUUUGCCAACACUUCACUCAAUAGUAUUCAUGCAACAUUUGAACCUGGGUCACCAUAUAAAAGCUUACAAUUGCUUAAAUUCGAAUCCGGACGUUGCACGUAGAGUAGAUUGUUUGAGACAAUUGGUAGUGACUCUCUUUGAACGUAAAAAAUUAAUAGAUUUAAUUUCAUUUCCUUAUGUCGAUAUGUAUGAAGAUUUAGAGAGAAUAGUAGAAGGUAGAGCCAGGAGUGUGGACCUCAUAGAAAAUAAUUACUACAAUUUUUUAUAUAGCUUUCACAUAGAUAAAGGGAACAUGCGGAAAGCUGCAUCAGUGAUGUACGAGCAAGCUAUGCGAUUAAGUCAAGAAUCACAAUCUGUUGCGAUCGUAUCAAGGCAAGCUCAGUGCUUGUUAGCUUGUAUUAAUGCAUUACAUCUUGUCUCUGAAAAGUAUAGAUGGAUCGUUAGGCCUGUAAUUGAUCAGAACUAUUUGGAGGAAAUGGAUUAUGAAGUACAAACGAGAAGAAGCAUCAGUAGCGAAGAUAUUUUGCAUUAUAAAAUAAAAAAACAAGUCGAAGUUCUUGAAUUAAAUGAUAUAAAAAGGGAAUACUACAUUGUGGAUGCAAGAUUGAAAGUAUCGAAAAUAAAUUCGGAGUUGCAUAUUGUUUCACAUGCUGGGCCCUCGGAGCUAAUUAUUAUACUACCAACUAUUGGAUUGUACACGACAGCGUUGCAUUUAUGCGAUGAAUUUAAUGUUAAUAAAAGUUCCGUGCUUGAAAGUCUCGCUUCACAGUGUAUACGUUUAAGUCGAGGAGAAGAUCCAAACGCAUGGGACUGGCUUAUUCAAAACGAUAUAUUUGACAUUGGUUUAUCAAAUACAAAUAUUACAAACACCGCUUGGAGAUUGUUAGAAUAUUUAACGUUGAAACAUGAAAAAGAUAGAUACAGUGAGUUGCAUAAAGCAGUCACUCGGAAAUUACUUCAAGAAGGAGCGUUUAUACCUCAAUGGUUAUUGAUGUCAUACAAGAAACGAAAUGCUGCCGAACUUCUUCGUCUUAUGUUAAAUGCUGGUAGAAUAUUAGAAGCUAGCGAGUUAGGAGUUGAAUACAUUAAUGCUGUUAUGGGUGAUGGUAAAGAAAAUUUCGGUCUUAAAACGCACUUGACAUCCGUAACUACACCAGUUUGGUUGCCACUUAACAUUUUAGAAGUGCUAUUAUAUGAAUUAAAAGAAGUCAAAGAAAAUCCUACCUUUUCCGAGAGCUAUCAAAGAUUACAAGGAGCAUUACAAAGCUACGAACAGAAAGUGAUAAGAGUGUCAAAGGAUAUGAUUGAAAUAAAAUUAAGUAGCAAGAAUUGCUAGUAGAAAAUCUAUACUAUAAAAGAUAAAAUUUUAUGUCACAUAUUUGGAACAAUAGUAUUAAAGAUUGUCAAGCAUAAAUCGGUGCAUGACUAAUUGAUAUUACCGUCGUAAAUACAAUAAUGACGCCAAGAAUCGCUGCGACAAUCACGGCAACCAUUUGUGGACAUCUUUUGAACAAAACCUGAAAUAAUUGUAAAUUUAAAAUGACCGUCAUUUAUGAAUAUAAUUUAUAACAAUUGAUUAUUUUGUUAUGAAUAUAUGAGAAACUAUGAACAAAAUAUUACCAUCAAAAUAACUAUCAAAGCAAGAACGAAGAUUGUUCCGACAGGUAGAAGAAAAGAUGCUGCCCAAUAAUGUCUCUGUAUUUCGGGAUCUAAAGAAAAUCAUGAACAACUUGUGGUAACAAAAUUAUGAAAGAGAAAUUAACUUCUUAAAACUGUGUAAAGAUACAAUAUCGGAACUUAUUAAUCUUUAUCCUAUAUGGAGAUAUCUCACCAUUGCGCCAAUGAGUUUUAUAUACUUCGUAAGGAGGUAUGCGAAUUCUCCUUAUGAUACUCUUAUUUGUUAUAAUUACAGAAUCAAGGAGAUUUUGCGUAUUUACAGAUUGUACUCCACUUGCGAACCAGUCUCCUAUAAUGUACAUAGUUAUUAUAACAAGUUUUAUCUCUAUUUUCGCGUGCUCAAAACGUUAAUGUAAAUGCAAUUAAGAAAGCAGGUUCGGUUCUAUAUAACUAUAAUCCAAUAUCAACAUUUCGCGUCAAUAAAAAGCUAUUAUUUGUACUACAGUAUACGAGUGCCAACAAUAAUAAUUAUUGUAUAUUGUAGAGUUAGUUAGGAUAUACAUAUUUGGGGACAAAGAAUUACUACCAUUUUCCUCAAGCUGUUUCUAUAAAACUGAUUUUUAUAUUUGUAAUCAUAAUUAGCUGUAUUUUACCUCGUUUAUUAUUCCAACAAUGCCUAUUACACUGAUAUUUUUAUUUAAUUUGUUGUAAUAGUCUGUGGUCUUACUAAGCUACUAAGAGGUAAAUACAAAUUUAUAGUAGCUGUUUACCAUAAAAUAAAAUACUUUUAUAUAAUUUAUAAUAAAAAUGUAUUCAACAUGUUGGAAAUAGUAUAACUACAUUUGUAUAAACUGGUGUUUUUAUGUAGAAUAUUUUUUUACAUUAAAUUUUUCGUCAAACUUUGUUACUAAACACGAGAAAAACACUAGUUCAUAGAUAGGUACAUCUACUUUCAUAUGUGUUAGCAGUGUAUGUAUUCGCGUAUAAGUUAGAUUUUAAGUACUAUUAUUUUAUUGAUGUCUUAUGUAAAACAUGCCGUGUUUAAGUUUUUAAUAACUAGAUUUAUUAGCUUAUAAAUGAGUACAUACAAUAAAAUGUUAAUGUGUGUUA